AUGCGCAGACACUUUCCUCUAAUGAACCAAUCGGUCUCAUUCAAACUAGCUUAAAAACCAAUCAGUACGAUAGUUAUCGGAAAAAAAUCGAUUGGUAAAUGGUAGAAGUGACUCAUAAGCAUCGGCAGCAUGUCGUCAAAAUGCGAGUGCGUGCGUAAUGGCCCGCUAAUCCUCCUUAUAAUAGGUUUGUUUACGAAAAGCGUGCAUUCGCGCCCAGUAUAAGAUUCACCGAAUGUUUAAUGGAAUAACGUAUUUAAUCUAGCCAAAUAAUAUAUUGAAAUAUUCUUGUUGGUUUUAAAAACUAACAUGUUUAAUCAUUUUCAGAAUCGUGUUUGGUGUUACGGUCCGCUCAAGGUAAGGAACCUUUUUCAUGAUUGUAUAAUUUCAAUAGUGAAAGUCUAGACAGCUUUAUGGUUAGCUCGUUUGUCUAGCCUAAACCGCAAAAUAAACGCGUUGGAGAACAAUGUAACCAAUGCGUCUUUGGUGCCAAUGCCAUUAAUAUUUAUUCCCGUAUAGGAUUUCAGUAAAAACACGCAACGGUUAAUGUUCACUUUAAUUCGCCGAGGCAAACGUGCACGGCAUGUGUUUUACAUUUAUGUCAUUUGGAAAAAGUUUUUCAGGUUGCUACCGAACCGGGAAUUGUGUUGAGGUGUGAGGGUACAUGCUCUAUUGCACAUACGCAAUGGUUAUCCACCUGUACCGCAAUAAUCUUUAUUUGUAUAGUCAUAUACAGUUUAACGUGUAGAGAUAUGUAUAGAUAUAUACUAUGUGUAAGUUUAUAUAUGACUAUCUAUCUAUAUCUAUCUACGUACUAGUGUCUGCGUCUGUGCGCAAAUCUGUGUUCGCGACCAAGCUUGUCAGUGUUUUCUUACGGAUGAGAAUGUAACAAUUUUUUAUUGCAUAGACCAGUAGGCUACUGCGCAUUUAGGCGUGUAAUGUGGAUAGAACGUUAAGUAAACGAUAAUGAUUUAUCAACACACCUAUAUUUGAGAGAAAUUGUUACAUGGCGUCUCAGGCCUAUUUAUUUGACUGGAAAUAUAUAUCAGUAUCAAAGAGGGACAGGGUUAAGGCCAAAUGUUUGAAUUUCUUCUUCCAUUUCACGUCCCAUUCAGUUUCCCUGUCUUGUACGCAUGCGUACGGAAUCAGCACGUUUUUAUGAUGACGUCACGGACAAAAUGUAGCAAUUUAAUCUCAAAACGCGGACGAUCCCCAGGCGCCUUGUUUAUUCUGACUGUGAGUAAAUUGUUAUGAUUUACAACAGCGUCUUUUCUUAAAAGAGAAAAGUUGUUACACUCGGCAGGCCAACCUAUUUGUUGUCAUCUGUCUGUCUAUCAUUCUCUCUGUUCCUAGUUCGUCUUUCGCGACCUUUUUUGUUGACCUUUUGACUAAUUGACACCCGGGGAGUUAUUUGAAAUUCAUAAAGGUUUGACGCAUUGCAAACUGGUAAGUGAUGAAUAUUUGACGAAAUUAUUCAAAUCGUGAUAUUACUCUAUGUAGCUUCAAUUUACUCUGAAUAGAAUUAGUCGAGUGUUUUCCGCUUCCUGAUUGAGUAAUAAGUUGAUAAUUAGGUCGUAGACAGUGGUGUGUAGACACGGCGCUCAAUGGCUUACUGCAGACGUCUGGAUGUUUUACGAGGAUCAAUUGUAAAAUGUAUAAUAGUAUUUUUUUUCUAGUCACGUGACAUUUCAUAUUAUGUUACAUACCUGAAUUAGCUUUGUAUUUCCCCUAUUCAUUUUCGCACCAUAAACUCAGUAUUAAAAAUUCCAGCAUGGUUAUACAUACUGGUUCUCUAAAGGCGGUAAAUGGCAGAUUUUUGAGUAGUUAAAUACAAUGCAAAUGAUUGAAAUUUACAUAUCUUACUUUUUGAUGUAUUGCUUUUAUUUAACUAUCAUUUGACGAGAAGAGCGGCUACCUUGACUAUUGAAUUUAAUUACCCAACUUUUUUGUUAUCACAGAUGAUAAGGCAUGCGACGCUAUAACAAUUAGUAAACAAGAGCUCAUCAGGCCUUCGCCUUCUUGCCUAAUCUUCUUACGUUCUUCCAAUCAUCACUUAAAUCUCCUAUUCAACGCUUCAGAUUGCUGCCGGGCAUCAAUCGAAAUCCAAGAGAGGCCUUUGACAAAUUCAAAUUUCACUGCCGAAAAAUACGAUUUGUCAGAACAAUUGGGUGUUGAAUUUAAAUGGGCAACGCGAAAGUCAAAGAAAAUUUGGAGCGUCGUCUACAAAGUGCGCUUAAACGACUCAUGUGGAUGUGAAGCCUUGUGUAUAAACGAUCGGAGGUUCUUAUGUGAAGAAAAAAAGACAAUAUCGUCUAAAACUGCUUUAUUUGGCUGUCUUGCUAUGGCUGUCUGUUUAGCAUUCGCCUUCUCUCUAGUGCUAUUGUGCAGAAGACAAAGAGCAAGGAGGGGAAGCUUGUUACCAGCUUCUCUGUCCUCCCAGCAAACUCAGGUUUCGUAUUCGCCAAUUCGUCAGCCCUGCCACGUAGCGAGAUCCGGUGACGGUGAGGGUUUUUCUCAUGACCCUUCAGAUGUCGUCGUUGACGACGGAGCACGCUUCCCGACCGUCAUAGCCCCUCCAAAUGUUAAAGCCGAAGACGCCCCUCCUCCCUACAGUCGGAUACCAGUCGUGAAUACAACCAGGCACAAUUCAUUGUCAGGUCUACGACGAUCUCGACCUGAAGAACCUCCUAGGAGCAAUAGUGUCAGUGUUGGUUCUCCUCCUCCAUAUAGAGCGUGAAUACGGUCUUAGACCGAUCUUCCUCUUCUCCCAAAUGUACGAAUGAACUAGUGAGUUUCCCGGUCUUCAAAAGGCCAGUGAGAUUGUGCUAUUUAUCUCGGUGUAAAAAACUUCUUUAUUGUACAGUCUAAAGAAAUGACGCAAAACAACAAUUUUUCUUUUUUUUUGACAAAUGAUCUGCCGCCUUUAAGCGGUCUUGUUAUAAUUAAAUUUAAUAAUGAAGCAAGAAAAUACAGUUUUUUGUUUAAGGCUGUUAAAGGUCACAUGUUUUAGGUGCAUAACGCAUUUAAUACGCUUAAAUAUACAAUCGGUGUUUAAAAAUCAAUUUUUUUACAGUUUAUCAAAAGAU